AUGUGGCUCGUCUUGAUUCUGCUGAGUGGCCUUGGCGGGCUUAGCGAGCCCCUAACAGAAGGCACUCACAAGAGAUUACACGUGCAAGUCACGGUACCAGAGAAAAUCUGGUCCGUCACAAGCGGAGGCUACGAAUCACAGGUGGUCUACAGACUCACAAUUGAGGGGAAAAAAUACACUCUGAACCUAACGCAAAAAGCGUUCUUGCCUCCCAACUUUAGAGUUUACAGUUAUGACAAAGCAGGAAUCAUGAAGCCUCUUGAUCAGCAUUUUAAGAAUAUCUGCUACUUCCAAGGAUCUGUUGAAGGCUAUCCAAAUUCUAUGGUGAUUGUUAGCACGUGUACCGGACUCAGGGGCUUUCUUCAGUUUGGAAAUGCUAGCUAUGGAAUCGAACCCCUGGAGUCUUCCAUUGGCUUUGAGCACGUGAUCUAUCAAGUGGAACCUAGGAAAGGGGACGCAUUACUCUACACUGAGAAGGGUGAUGACCUAAGGCGCCUUCAGUAUAAGAUACGAAGUGUCAAGCCACUGAAAGUUUUCACUCACUAUCUGGAAAUACACGUUAUAGUUGAGAAGCAAAUGUAUGAUCAUAUCGGGGCUGAUUCAACCAUUGUCACUCAAAAGAUUUUCCAGUUGAUUGGACUGGCAAAUGCUAUCUUUGCCCCCUUUAAUCUUACAGUAAUUCUGACUUCCCUGGAGUUUUGGAUGGAUGAAAACAAAAUCUCGACCACUGGCGAUGCUGACCAGUUGCUCCACAGGUUCCUGAAGUGGAAAAAGGCUUACCUUGUUCUGCGUCCCCAUGACAUGGCCUUCUUACUCAUCUACAGAGAGAAUUCUGAUUACGUCGGCGCCACCUUUCAAGGGAAGAUGUGUGACAAGGACUACGCAGGGGCUGUUGCUCUGCACCCCAAAGCCGUAACCCUGGAAUCACUUGCAAUUGUUUUAGUUCAGCUACUGAGCCUCAACAUGGGGGUAGCGUACGACGACCCGAGCAAGUGCAAGUGCGGAGCAGGCAUCUGCGUGAUGAACCCGGAAGCGAUGUAA